UGUAUUGAUAUACACUGUCUUCUUCCUCUCACCUUCAACCUUCACUGAUCUCUCUCUCAAAAAUGGCGAUGGAUUGGCCGAGAAAUGCUCUUCCUACAGAGAGAGGGAAAAAUGGGUUGUUGGUAUUCAAGGUUAGAGAGGGAGGAAAUGGUGUCGAGAUGUAAGGCUAGAAAGAGAUACAUGAAGCAGUUUGUGAAGGCGAGGCAUGCCUUUGCCGCCGCCCACAGCAUGUACAUAAGGUCUCUCCGCAACAACGGCUCCGCUCUUCUUCAAUUCGCCACGGCGGAAACCAGCCUCCACCACCACAACCCCCUCCCCCCGCCCCCACAGCAGCUUCCUAACAACCCACUCCCUCCUCCAUUCAGCCCUAUGUCGUGGACCACCACCACCCCCUCCUCAGCCAUCCGCCCGCCGCCUCCUCCUCCACCUCCGCCCGCGUCCACCUGGGAUUUCUGGGACCCCUUUAUGCCGACGACCACCAGGCGGUCGGAGGACGAGGAGGAGGAGUGGGAGACCACGACCGCCACUGCCUCCGAGGCGCCCGUCACCCCCAUCAUCACCAGGGCUGCCCCGCCUUCUGCUACCACAGCCACUGCCACCACCACCGCCAGCAGCGAGCUAGCGGUGGUGGUGUCGACCAAGGGUAAAGACCUGGUUGAGAUCAUUAAGGAGCUUGAUGACUACUUUUUGCAAGCUGCCAAUGCUGGUGGCCCACUCUCCGCAUUGUUGGAAGUCCCAGUUUCCAAUUUUAAUCGCCAAUCCUCGCUCGGUAAGGACAAUGGAUUUGGGAAGAGUUUGAGUCCACUACACUGGAGUUGGGGUUCGGGCAGUGCAAAAUGGAAUGCAUUUGGAAAGUUCUGCGAGGAUCCUAUCGGAAACACGGUUCAUCUUGCUCCCAAUGGAAAUGCCACUCAUUGUUCAACGGUUGAGAGGUUAUACGCGUGGGAGAAGAAACUCUUCCUGGAGGUUAAGAAUGCCGAGUCUUUGAAACUAGAGCAUGAGAAAAGAGUAGCAGCUCUCAGGAAGCUAGAGAUGAAGAAUGCUGAUUAUAUCAAGACUGAGAAGGCUAAAAAGGAAGUCGAGAAGUUGGAAUCGCAGAUGACAGUUGCUGUGCAAGCGAUUGAGACUACCUCCAUCGAGAUUAUCAAAUUGAGGGAAUCAGAGCUUCAUCCUCAACUUCUUCAGCUCGUUAAGGGGUUCAUGGGCAUGUGGAGAAGCAUGUAUGAAUUCCACCAGGUACAAACACAUAUAGUCCAGCAGCUCAAAUACCUCAACUGCAUCCCUUCAGUGGAGCCCACUUCUGAAAUCCAUCGGCAAUCAACGCUUCAGCUCGAGCUCGAAGCUCAGCAGUGGCACCUCUCCUUCUGUAGCCUCAUCAAAGCUCAACGCGAAUAUAUUCAGUCAUUGACAGGCUGGCUCCGUCUCAGCCUCUUCCAAGUAGGUAACAAUCCCAUCAACAAAACGAAGCAAGACUCCGCCAUUUACUCGCUCUGUGAAGAAUGGCAGCUCGCAAUCAACAACGCUCCUGACAAGGUGGCAUCCGAGGGAAUCAAGAGUUUCCUAUCAGUCAUCCAUGCAAUUGUAGUGCAGCAAGCGGAAGAACAAAAACAGAAAAGGAGGUCAGAGUCGGUGUUCAAGGAGCUUGAGAAGAAGGCAGGCGAGCUCCGGUCAUUGGAGAGCAAGCACGGGCCGUCACAAACCUACGGUGAUACAAGCAAGGAUCCCGUGCGAGAGAAAAGAGCCAAGGUGGAGGCCUUGAGGUCCAAGGCAGAGGAUGAGAAGGCCAAGUAUGAGAAGUCGAUCAGCGUGACCAGGGCGAUGACCAUGAACAACCUGCAGAUGGGUUUGCCCCAUGUUUUUCAGGCAAUGACGGGUUUUGCCAAUGUGUGCACGCAAGCUUUUGAGUCCGUGAACAACCAGACCAAGAGCAGUGGUCAUCUGCACAAUGUGAAGAUGAUAUUACCUUGAAAGUAAUAAUAUGCUGACCCUGACUCUGCAAUCACAUUUUGUCUUAGUGCUUAAAACGGUUUUUAGCUUGUGUAAUUAUUGUUUGCUUGUGGUAGUAUUUAGGUUGAGUUUUUAAAUAUCUGGUUUAGAUUCAGUUGUAGAAUCUGGUGUUUUCACCUUGAUUGUACCUGUAUUUUGUCCUUCAUGUUUAUGAGAAUUUUGAAUUUAGGAUUA